CAAGGAAAAAAGCCACCUUCGCCACAAAACCCCAACCUAUCACCCAACAACCAUUAACAAAGCCCACAAGAAAUGCCUGCAGCUGCCAUGCACGCCGCCAUCAUCCACGCGAAUUGGCCAAUGUGAUGUGAAUCCGCGAGUCUGGGUACAAGCCAGUUUGUCCCCUUCUCUCCACCGUCCUCCGCAAGAAUUUAUCCACCCCACCUGUUCCACCACCCCUUCGAAAUAUAACUAUACCGCCCUCCUCGCCCUCCACCGAAAGAGAACUAGAAGAUGAAGCCAGCAGAAUGCGUGUCCCGGCCCACCUCUUUCGGUAUUGCGCAGCCGCAUACUUGCUGGGCAUCACGACCGUCAGCGUCAGCGGGAGUUCGAUAUCCAGCGCCCCUUCGAAACCAACGCCUACAGAAGCCACAGAGCUAAUAAGAACGUGCGAGGCGAGGACUAUCAACUAUAUCACGGACUCGCUGCCGCAGCUGUGUUUGAAGAGCUCGUGGAGCGCUGCGAAUGGGACGCAUGCUAAGGAGCAGAAUGCUACUGAGGCGCAGGCGGGAGAUGGCAUAGUGGGCUCAAGCAUGGGGAGUGCAGAGGAGGUGUCGAGUACGAGUCCUGUGGAAGCAGAGAGCACAGCGGAGACCAGGGAAGCGGUUGCUACGGAUCUCGAGACCGGCGAGUUGAAUGAAGCGUCUUUCUUGUCGUUUGAGGAGUGGAAGAAGCAGACGUUGGAUAAGGCGGGACAAGGGAACGAUAUUGGGAAGAAGAAAGCUGGGGAUGGGAAGAAGAGGGAUUCGGAGAGUAUACAGAACCACCUUGACUCGCUCGGGGACGAAGGAGAGAUAGAUUUGGAUUUUGGGGCUUUUAGAAGUGGAGGAAAAGGGGAGGAGACUGCGCAUACGACUGAGAACACCCAGGCCGAAGGGGAAGGGGAAUCCCAAGAGGUUGAGAAAAGAACGAGGGAUCAGUAUCGGAGUAAGGAUGCGGGGAAGACGUGCAAGGAGCGCUUCUCGUAUGCUUCUUUUGAUGCUGGGGCUACGGUUUUGAAAACACAUCCCGGGGCGAAGAAUGCGAAGAGUGUGUUGAUUGAGAAUAAGGAUUCCUAUAUGCUUUCCGAAUGCUCGGCGGAGAAUAAGUUCAUCAUUAUUGAGCUUUCGGAAGAUAUCUGGAUCGAUACUCUCGUCCUUGCCAACUACGAAUUCUUCUCCAGCAUGAUUCGAACGUUCCGGGUUAGUGUCAGUGAUCGAUACCCAGUGAAGAUGGAGAAGUGGAAAGAUCUGGGAACAUACGAGGCUCGAAACUCGAGAGAGAUACAAGCAUUCUUGAUUGAAAAUCCUCAGAUAUGGGCGAGAUAUAUCCGGAUCGAGUUCUUGAGUCAUUAUGGGAACGAAUACUAUUGCCCACUUUCUCUAGUCAGAGUACAUGGGACUCGAAUGCUGGAGAGCUGGAAGGAGACCGAGGCUGGCAGUGAUGAUGAUCCUGAAGAGAUUGGGGGUGGUGAAGAACAAUACGUGCCCGAAGCUGUAGCCGAAGUAGUCCAAGAAGAGGAGAGACUGCAAGCUGAGCUGAAGGCCCAAUCAACCACUCCAGAGCCCCGGCCAACCGUUGUAGAUUCCAGUCAACCCGAGAGCGCCUCUGUUGAGGAGACGACUUCCCCAUGGAAAAAGCCUGGAUUCUAUAUUUUCGAUCUGCCUGAAUCUGGGCCGGCCGACGACAUUUGUCUCCCAUCAGAAGCUCCGACCCAAACUCCUCCUGAUUCACAACCAAGUCCUUCCGAGACUGUCAAGUCGACAGCAGAAUCAGCGCCGGUGUCCAGUCCGUCUGUUGCACCUGUAAAUUUGUACGCAAACUUAACAGCACCGACGACAAGUCCCCAAGCUUCACAGCCGGAGAAGGUAUUCCCAACAGAGUCGCCGUCCACGAAGGAGUCUUCGCCAACUGUAGGCAGCGCAUCUAAUACAACCAAUCCAGUCUCAGACACUCCAACACCAUCUAUCUCUACAACAACUACAACAAGCAAGUCACACAACAUUACCAGCUCCGUUAAGAACAAAACGACCAGCACCUCUUCCUCUACCUCCGCUCUCCCCACAAUCCAAGAAUCCUUCUUCAAAGCCGUCUCCCGGCGCCUCCAACUCCUCGAAACAAACUCCACCCUCUCCCUAAAAUACAUCGAAGAACAGUCCAAGAUCUUGCGUGAAGCAUUCACGAAAGUCGAGAAAAAGCAACUCCAAAAAACCACCACAUUCCUCGACACACUCAACAACACAGUUCUCGACGAGCUUCGAGGCUUCAGACAACAAUACGACGAGAUCUGGCAGAGCACCGUCAUCUCCCUUGAAGGCCAGCGGGAAGAAUCUCGCCGUGAGAUCUUGGCCAUCAGCUCGCGGCUCAACAUCCUAGCCGACGAAGUCGUCUUCCAAAAACGGAUGUCAAUCGUCCAAUCUAUCCUCCUGCUGCUCUGUCUCGGCCUCGUAAUCUUUUCUCGUGUUUCAGGAGGAGGCAACAUCGACUUCCCUACCUUCCACAGCAGAGGGCAUUCCCACUCCCGCCUCACUUCCUACCCCAACCAGCUCGAAAGCCCACUCGACGGUAGUCCAAGUCCGCCAGCAAGUCCCAAUUUCCCGCGCGCGGACUCAGGACGGUGGCUAGAAACUGGACAUCGGCGCGUGCAUUCCGAUGAUAUCGAUACAGCUGCCUCGCGAUCAAGAAGCAGGGAUGAGAGCCCGCCGACACCAAUAUCAACAUACUCUCGUUCCGACGAACACGCAUUAACACCUCCUUCUGGCGCAGAUGAUCUUAACGCGGCUGGUACCGGAGAUAUGCUCUCUGAGCCCUUGGAUGCGAAGGACCACCCUCGUCCUACUGAUCUAGCACCGAUUGAGGACCCGCCAUCCGGCCCCUCCCCAAACAACACACCCAAGAAACGCCGCCGCAAAUCCUCAACCCGCUCCAUCCGCUCUGCGAGACAAGAAGCAACGCCCCCACCGGACCCCCAGCAUCCCCCACGCCUCACUACCACCUCAAACAUCUCACCCAUAGCAGAAGACACUACACCCCACCUCCCCUCCCCGCCACCCGACCCUCAACCUCAUUCCCCUUCAUCCCCUGGCUCUCCAGAAACGGACACAAACACAACGACAAACCGGAACUGCACGAUAACGCGGAAACCGCUGCCUGCUUUGCCUGAGGGCCCUUAAUCCCGUCCUCCUCCGAAAUGGGAUGAUUGUUUAUACUGUAUGUUGUAUGAUUCACGGACUCAGCAGUACUUUGAUUUGACUUUAGCGCGGCGUUUGGGAUUGGAUUCUUGGGGUUGCAUUGGAGGUGCUUUGAUAGUUUGAUAGGAUAGAUGCGAGGAAUAUUAUUAUAAUACAUGCAUGGAUCAGCCUUGGAUUUGAAGUGAAUAAAUUCGAC